AGUGAAUAAGCAAGUAAAGAAGAAAGAACUCACCAAUCAGAAAUCAGAAAUUAGAAGAGAAGAGAAGCAUAAAGAAAAAAAAACUGCAACGCCGUUUGUUGCCGAUCUGCAGCAGCGCGAUCUCUCUGAUUAUAGAGAGCUAUCAUCCUAGAAUAGAAUCUCUCAGUUUAAAGGCUCCAAAGAUGGCGGCGUCAGAAGAGAAUAGCGCAUUGUUUCCCAUUUUUAUCUUGACGAUUAUGGCAAUUCCUUUGGUGCCUUACACCAUGGUCAAGUUAAGCGGUGCUCUCUCCAAGAAACAAAGGACCAUUCAUUGUCAGUGUCUCGAGUGUGACCGUUCUGGAAAAUAUAAGAGAUCCUUGUUUAAAAAGAUCUCUAACUUCUCUACGUGGAGCAACUUGACACUUGUGCUACUCUGGGUCGUGAUGAUUUUCUUGAUUUAUUACACUAAGAACAUGAGCCGUGAGGCUCAAGUUUUUGACCCAUUCAGUAUACUUGGACUGGAACCUGGAGUUACAGAUUCAGAAAUAAAGAAAGCAUAUAGAAGGCUGUCGAUUCAAUACCAUCCUGAUAAAAAUCCAGAUCCAGAAGCCAAUAAAUAUUUUGUGGAGUUCAUAUCUAAAGCAUACCAGGCUUUGACUGAUUCAGUAUCCCGUGAAAACUUUGAGAAGUAUGGUCAUCCAGAUGGCAGACAGGGAUUUCAAAUGGGCAUUGCUCUUCCUCAAUUUCUUCUAGACAUUGAUGGAGCAUCUGGUGGCAUAUUAUUGCUUUGGAUAGUUGGUGUCUGUAUUCUCUUGCCCCUUGUGAUUGCUGUUAUAUAUCUCUCGAGGUCAUCAAAGUAUACUGGGAACUACGUUAUGCAUCAAACACUCUCCGCAUAUUAUUAUCUAAUGAAACCCUCUCUGGCCCCAAGCAAAGUUAUGGAAGUUUUCACCAAGGCAGCUGAGUACAUGGAGAUUCCAGUUCGUAGAACUGAUGAUGAACCUCUGCAGAAGCUCUUUAUGUCUGUUAGGAGUGAACUAAAUUUGGACCUGAAGAACAUGAAGCAAGAGCAAGCUAAGUUUUGGAAACAGCAUCCUGCCAUAGUGAAGACCGAGCUGUUGAUACAAGCCCAGUUAACUCGUGAAUCAGGAGUCCUGUCUCCAGCCCUUCAGGGUGAUUUCAGGCGUGUGCUAGAGCUUGCACCUCGCCUCCUUGAGGAGUUAUUGAAGAUGGCGGUUAUACCACGCACUGCCCAAGGGCAUGGAUGGCUGAGGCCUGCAGUUGGAGUAGUUGAGCUAUCUCAGUGCAUUGUUCAGGCUGUUCCUCUUAGUGCAAGGAAGUCUUCUGGAGUAUCAUCAGAAGGCAUUUCCCCUUUCUUACAGCUCCCUCAUUUCAGUGAUGCCGUUGUCAAAAAGAUAGCACGGAAGAAGGUUAAAUCAUUCCAAGAUCUUCAAGAAAUGAGGUUGGAAGACCGUUCUGAACUACUUACUCAGGUAGCGGGUUUAUCAGCAACUGAUGUUGAGGACAUUGAGAAGGUGCUAGAAAUGAUGCCGUCUAUUACAGUCGACAUCACAUGUGAAACAGAAGGGGAAGAGGGGAUCCAAGAGGGAGACAUUGUGACCCUUCAAGCUUGGGUCACCCUGAAACGACCCAAUGGGCUUGUAGGCGCUCUUCCUCAUGCACCCUACUUCCCCUUCCACAAGGAGGAAAACUAUUGGGUUCUUCUGGCUGAUUCAGUGUCGAACAACGUUUGGUUCUCUCAGAAGGUUAGCUUCCUGGAUGAAGGUGGAGCGAUAACGGCUGCAUCAAAAGCCAUCAGUGAGUCAAUGGAAGGUUCGGGUGCAGGGGUGAAGGAAACAAACGAUGCAGUGAGAGAAGCGAUUGAGAAGGUUAAAGGAGGGUCAAGGCUGGUCAUGGGUAAACUCCAAGCACCGGCAGAGGGAACAUACAACUUGACUUGCUUCUGCCUGUGUGACACAUGGAUCGGGUGUGACAAAAAGCAAGCACUGAAAGUGAAAGUCCUGAAAAGAACCAGGGCAGGGACACGUGGGUUGGUUUCAGAUGAGGGUGCGAUUGCAGAAGAAGGUAUGGAGGAGGAAGAUGAGAUUGAGGAGGAGGAUUACGAUGAUGAUUACGAAAGUGAGUACAGUGAAGAUGAGGAUGAGAAGAAAGAUAUGGAUGAGAAGAGAGGGUCGAAGAAGGCCAAUGGGAGUGUGAAACAGAAGAAAGAGUCGAGUUCUGAAGAGUCGGGAUCGGAGGAAGAGUGAAACAGAAAUGAGAUUUUACAUUGAUAAACAAAACAAAAAAUACAAUACUUUUGUCCUGGAAUCUUGACGGAAACUUCUUUUUCACAGUUUUGAUAUUCUCUCAUUGGCUCCCUUCUCUUUCUUUCUCUCUGUAUCACUUUUCUUCAGAGACACACAUACAAGCAAAACGCGACUAAGGAGAAAAUCGUACUAACUCGGACAAA